UGGCGCUCCUUUGACUUCUUCGAGUCGACCCCCAUCACCCCCUCGGACCCGACCUCCCGCUCCUUCUUCGACAACCCUUCCCACUUCUCCCAGUCCAUCGCCUCUGUCUGCUCCGGGUCGGAAUCCUUGUUCCUAGGCGGCUUCGACGGCACGGUGCGGAUCAUCGGGCCCAACUUCAAGAUCUUGAGGGAGUUCACCGCCUACGACAAUGGCUCCUCGGUCACGCACAUGCGGCAGGUGGAAGGGACGAGUUUGCUGCCGGUGGUGAGGGUCUGGAGUUUGGAUAAGGUUAAUAAAAAGGAUGGGAACCCCGGGUUGCUGAGUAGUGUUGUCGUGAAUAACGGAAAGAGGCCUUUUCCCAUUUCGGCGUUUACGGCGACGGAUGAUCUGACGCAGUUGGCGGUUGGGUUUGCGAAUGGGGCGGUGGUGGUGGUGAGGGGGGAUUUGGUUCAUGAUUUGGGGACGAAGCAGAGGGUGAUUUAUGAGAGUGAUGAGCCGAUUACGGGGGUGGAGAUGCAUGUUGAUGGUGGGGUGGGGUUGACGACGCUGUUUGUGGCUACGACGGCGAGGGUGUUGAAAGUGGUGAUCAGUGGGAAGGGGCAUGGGCAACCCCCUAAAACGGUGGAGGAUGAGGGGUGUGGGGUGGGUUGUAUGGUUGUUGAUAGGAGGACGGGGGAGAUUGUGGUGGCGAGGGAGGAUGCCGUGUAUUAUUACACGCUGGAGGGGAGGGGGCCGCCGACGGCGUAUGAGGGGGCGAAGAAGCUGGUUGCCGUGUAUGGGGAUUAUGUUGCGGUGGUGUCGCCGCCGACGCCGGCGGGGGAGGCGGAUACGACGAGGAGGAGGUUUUGGGGAGGUGCGGCGGAUAGUAUUUAUACUUUUACGUUGAUACAUCCGGAGCUGAGGAUUAUUGCGCACAGUGAGACGGUGUUGGCGGAUGUGAAGCAUAUUUUUGCGUUGUGGGCGGAUUUGUAUAUGCUGACGCUGGAUGGAAAGAUCUUCCGGUAUCAUGAAAAGACACUGCAGCAACGGUUGGACAUGCUCUAUCAGCGCAAUCUCUAUACCCUUGCCUUGGACCUUGCUCAAAAGUGUGGGAUGGACGCUCAGCAACAGAAUAUCAUUUACCGGAAAUAUGGGGAUUACCUUUACCAAAAGGGCAAUUACGACGAGGCCAUGACGCAGUACAUCAAGGCCGUAGACAGCACAGAGCCAUCACAGGUCAUCAGAAAGUUCCUCGACACGCAGAGGAUACACAACUUGAUCGAGUAUCUGGAGGAGUUGCAUGAGCAUCACAGGGCGACAUCAGAUCACACAACUCUGUUGCUGAACUGUUACGCCAAGCUGAAGGAUAUUGACAAGCUGGAAAAGUUCAUCAAGUCUGAAGGGGAUCUCAAGUUUGACCUUGAUACAGCUAUCUCGAUGUGCCGGCAGGGUGGCUACUACGAGCAAGCAGCAUAUCUUGCCAAGAAGCACGGGGAGCAUGAUCUCGUGGUGGAUAUCCUCAUCGAGGAUUCUCAUGCCUACAAUGAGGCGCUGGAUUUCAUCUGGCAUCUGGAUCCAGAGACAGCACACCCCUGUCUGAUGAAGUAUGCCCGUGUUCUGAUCGAACACUGCCCAUCGGAUGCUACGCAGCUCUUCAUCGACUAUCACACCGGCAAGUAUAAGCCACGAGUGGAUGCCCCCAUCACAGCCGAGGCCGCCCCUGUAACGACAAACGGAGGGUUUGCAGCGGGAGCGGCCAAUGCCGUUUCCAACCUCAGCAGUUUGCUACCACUGCCGUACAUGAACACGGCGGUGCUAGCAAGCAAUAACAAUGCCAAUGCAAAGCCAACAGUGGGCGACAUGUCCCUCAAGCAAGAGGCCAUCGCCAUCAAGUACACCCCUCCCAAACCACGAACGGCCUUUUCAUCCUUUAUCGACCACCCAGACGAGUUCAUCGUCUUUCUCGAAGCCUGCCUCCAAGAUGACGCCCUGUCAAAAGAAGACAAGACGGACAUUUACACCACCCUGUUUGAGAUGUACCUCCACAAAUCCAACGAAAAGAAAUCCGACGCCCACCGCGAGAAGUGGGAGGCCAAGGCCAAGUCCCUGAUCGAAGCCGACAAAUCCCUACCAGCAACGCAAGAGAAACCCCAGAUUGAAAACUCCAACGUCCUUUUGCUCUCUCACCUUUCCAACUUUAGGGAUGGAACCACGCUGGUGAAGGAGCAGUCGGGUCUGCUGUUUGACAUUUUUCGCUCUUAUACAUCAGCAAAGGACACCAAGGGGGCGAUCAAGGCGCUGGCUAAAUACGGGCCGGAAGAACCGCAACUCUAUCCCGCGGCGUUGUCGUAUCUGACGUCUGACGCGAAGAUUCUUGACGAAGCAGGGCCGGAUGAGCUGGCGGCUGUGCUGGAUAGGAUUGAUAAGGGGGGUUUGAUGGCCCCGCUGCAGGUGGUGCAGACACUGUCGAAGAACAGUGUCGCGAGCAUGGGGAUGAUCAAGCCCUACCUGGCCAAGAGGAUAGAGGCUGAGCGGUUGGACAUUCAAGAAAAUAAACGGGUGGUCAGCCAGUUCAGGACGGAGACGAUGGCGAGGAGGCAGGAGAUUGCUGAUCUGGGCGGGAAGCCGGCCGUGUUUCAGGCUACGAGGUGUGGGCAGUGCGGUGGGGGGUUGGAGCUGCCGGUGGUGCACUUUUUGUGCAAGCAUAGUUUUCACAGGAGAUGUUUGCGGGUUACGGGGGGAGGGGAGGGGGAUGAUAAUGUGGGGGAGUGUCCGAUCUGCGUGGUGGAUAAUGCGACGAUCAGGGCGUUGAAGAAGAGCCAGGAAGAGAAUAGUGAGAGGCAUGAGUUGUUUAGGGCUGAUUUGGAGGGGAGUGAGGAUCGGUUCAAGACGGUGGCGGAAUGGUUUGGAAGGGGGGUGAUGGGGGCUGGGGGAGAGUAG